AUGCCAUUUCCAGUCUCCCCAGGCUUGAAAGUAUCGAACAAGGACGUGGUGUCUUUUACCCUCGACAGGCCGACCUAUGACAAGGAUAAACCGGUGCUUAUCGACCCGGAAAACCCCUCGAACUACAUCUCCCACCGAGAUGCGACAGAUCUGAUCCUAAAACUUAUCGCUGGUCUGAGAGCUGUUGGGGUGAGACCGGGAGACACUGUGUGCAUCCACUCUUUCAACUCUCUCUAUUAUCCUAUCAUCUGCCUUGCAGUUAUAGGCGUCGGUGCAGUCUUUGUUGGUACGAACCCUGGCUACUCAAGCUACGAACUACUCCAUGCACUCAAGAUUGCGAAGGUUCGGUUUGUGUUUGCGGAGCCAGCACUAUCGAUCAAUUUUCACACCAUCCUCCCAAAGAUUCGCCUUUCCGUAGAGGAUAAUUUGUUCCUCUUGGAUGGGAAAUAUACCUUGGGACCAGGCGAUGCGUCCCAAAAAAGCAAAAGUGUCGCCAACGCACGUUCGUGGCAAUCUUUGUUGGAACAUGGGACGGCAGCUUGGAUUCGGUUCGAUGAUGAAGAGCUAUCAUACAACACGACAGCGUGUUACUUUUACACGUCAGGAACAACUGGCCUUCCGAAAUGCACUGCAACAUCUCACCGAAACCUCGUGGCUCAGCAUCAACUGUUUUACGAAAUGAAUCCCCGCUCUUAUACGUUCCGUGCAGUACUGUGUAUGCCUUUCUUCCAUGUGGGAGCGUUGCCGGCGGUGUUGGUCUCUCAGUUCCGGGAGGGUAGGGAGGCAUAUAUUAUGCGACGGUUCGAUCUAGAACCAUUCUUAUCGUACCAUCCAAAGUACAACAUCACUGAAGGUUUCGUCGUCCCGCCAAUGAUCCUGCAAAUAAUGAAUAGCGGUUUCGCGGACCCAAAUUCACCGAAAUUCAAAUACAGCUUGAGAUCCGUCAAAAAUAUGUACUCUGGCGCGGCACCUUUAUCGGCUGAGUUGCAGAAACAAUUCCACGGCUGCUUGGCACGAGAGGCUUCAAUGACUCAGUUAUGGGGGAUGACAGAGACAUCGUCCGUUGCGACCAUUGUUCCAAACCACCUGAACUAUGGUGAUUGUCCAAAAGCGUGGGAGCCGAUAUAUGGCACCGUGGGAGUUCCGCUCCCUGGAUUGGAGAUGAAGCUUAUCAACCCCGAGGGUCAGGAUGUGACUGAGACUGGUCUAGGUGAACUCUGUGUCAAGGGACCGACCGUGGUGCGUGGCUACCACGAUAAUCUCGCUGCGACGAAGGAAAGUUGGGAUGAAGAGGGGUUCUUCAAGACCGGUGACACCAUUCUCGUUGACAAGAAGUCAGGCCUGUUCAGAGUUGUCGACCGAAGCAAAGACCUGAUCAAGGUCCGGGGGUUUCAGGUUGCCCCAGCGGAGAUAGAAGCUGUGAUCCUCACCCAUCCUCUCGUUGCCGAUGUAGGGGUUAUUGGACAACGUGAAUCUGUGGAGGAGGAAAAGCCAAGAGCAUAUGUUGUCAGGCAACCGAACGUGGGCCCGACCGAUUUGACCGAGGAAGACGUGCAGAAGUAUGUAAGAGAAAGGUUGGCGCGCUAUAAGUCACUGACUGGCGGAGUACGGUUCAUUGAUCAAGUGCCCCGAAUGGCUAACGGAAAGAUUCUCAAGCGCGUGUUGAGAGAAAUGGCUGAAUUGGAGCGGAAGCACUCGGCCAUCAAACAUGUCCUCUAA